AAGCAGCCUUAGCUGACAGGAUCAUUUCAGUUUAUAAAGUCUAACAGUAUGAUGUGUUCAUUGGAAGACAUAAAAAUAACAGCAACAAAUAUUUUUCUGGGAUUUUUUUUCGUUUCUAACUCAAUAGCAUCACCAGUAAUCAACUGUGGUUCCGGUUGGACGUACGGCAAUCAUUUAUCAGGAAAGGGAUGUUUGAGGAAAUUAUCCAGUGACUACAGUCAAAGAACCUGUCUUCUGAAUGGUUAUCAUAUCACAUUAACACAAGUACCUUGGGGAGAAGUUAGGAGGAGAGAUAUGUACUGUGUCCGAGAUGAACAUUUAACUUAUGAAGAAGCUACCACUGAAUCCCCUGCCAUGAUAGAUGGUAUCAAUACCGAUGAUUUGAAAUUUGACGUUAAAGACGAAAUUGAAGAUUCAAAACACGGACUUGUCAAAGCUAUGGGAUGUUGUUUAGAUGGAGUACAACCUACAGGAUAGCUAUUCUGUCAAUAUACACUAACAUUCCAUUGAAAUGAAUUAACAACAACCGUUUUGCCUUGAUAUUUUUCACUGUACAUUGUAUAUAUGCAAACCAUGCUCAAACAGCACAUAGUAUGUGAAUCUUGCAAAUCUUUAUCAUUCAUGUCUAGUUUGUCAAACUGACUGUUAGCUAUCAGUCUUCUACAUUUUACAUUUUGACAUCAUGUUUCAUAUUUUAAAUAUGUCAAAUUUUGUUUAUAUUUCAUUUAUCAAACGAAGGUUGAUAAUG